UUCAAAAUGGCAACGGCUGCGGAGGAAGACCAAACACCGUCCUAUUCCAUUUUCUUGGGAUGCACUGGAGCAGCGAGCGCGAUUAUAUUCACAAGUCUUGGAGCUUCCUAUGGAACGGCCGUUUCUGGGAUUGGUAUUAGCAGAAUGGCAGCUACCAAACCGGAAUUGAUCAUGAAAGCCAUUAUUCCGGUAGUGAUGUCAGGAAUAAUUGCCAUCUACGGCUUGGUAAUCGCUGUUUUAAUAGUCGGAUCGAUUAAUGAAGACUAUACCUUGCAAAAGAGUUUUGUGCAUUUGGGCGCUGGAUUGUCCGUUGGACUCCCUGGACUAACGGCGGGGAUAGCAAUCGGUAUAGCCGGAGACGCCGGAGUACGGGGUACUGCCGAACAGCCACGCCUCUUCGUGGGCAUGAUCUUGAUACUCAUCUUUGCCGAGGUCCUGGCUCUGUACGGACUCAUCGUGGCGGUCUAUUUAUACACCAAAAUUUAAAUAAUUUUUGAUUAAAUAAUUUAAUGAUUCACAA